CCGUCGACGGCCGAUAGAAUCCGAGCUUCGAGGGCGGCGGAUCCCGUGUGACUUCGGAUCGCGUCCACGCGGAGGGUCGCCGAUAAACUUCCGAGAACGUCGCUUCGACAUCUCGGUCGCUUCCCGCCUUGUCACUCGUCCUUGACCCGUGCGCAACGUACCCGUAAAAAAAAAAAAAAAAACAUCGAGAUCGUCAUGCCUCUGCACCGGUCGCUCGUUAUGGCCUCCGCAAUUCUGGCGGCUCUCGCAGUGGUCGUCGUGGCGACUUCCCGGCCAAUAAUCGGGAUUCUGGCCCAAGAAGUGUGCAACUAUGAGACAUGUGGAGUGCGGAACCAGACGUACAUCGCCGCGUCGUACGUGAAAUUCGUCGAGCAAGCUGGCGCCAGAGUGGCUCCCAUAUUCGUGGAGCGUGAACGGAGCUACUACGUCAAGAUCUUCAAUUCCGUGAAUGGCAUUUUGCUUCCCGGCGGCGACGUGGACGCCCUUAACUCAAGCUAUGGCAGAGCUGGCACCAUUCUUUAUCAUCUGGCGAUGGAGGCGUACCGGAACGGGACGCACUUCCCCCUGUGGGGAACCUGUCUCGGCUUGGAGCUUCUGGCGCGAGUCGCUGUGGGCGGCGAAGAGGUGCUCACGAAGUGCCAGGCCCAGGGGGUCGGCAUGCCGCUCAACUUCACCAGGGAUUUCCGCCGGGCCCGGCUGUUCCGCAGUCUUCCGCAGCACCUGGAGAAGGUACUGAGCUCCAAGCCGAUGACGUACAACGCCCACUACUGGUGCCUCACGCUAAAGGCCUUCAAGGCCUCCAAGCUGGACAGGUUCUUCAAAAUUCUGUCUACGAACAACGACCUGCGAGGCGUGGAGUUCGUCUCGAGCUUGGAAGCCAUAUCGGCACCGGUGUUCGCCGUCCAGUUCCAUCCGGAGAUGGCGGUGUUCGAGUGGGGCACCAGCAGUCCCGGGCGGAGCCACCUGUACCAUAACAAGGACACCGCGCUGUUCUCGCAGUACCUGGCCAACUUCUUCGUGGAGCAAGGUAUCGUGUCGCAGCAUCUCUACAGCCGCACGUUCAAUCCAAACAGGACGGAUACCUACAUCGCCGCAUCUUACGUCAAGUUCAUCGAGGCUUCCGGAGGUCGAGCGGUGCCAAUUUUUGUCAACCAAACAAAAGAGUACUACAAGAAACUAUUCAACUCCAUCAACGGUGUUCUCCUCCCGGGUGGUGAGGCUGACCUGGAAAGCUCGGGCUACUUGGACGCCGCCAAGAUAAUGUUUGAUCUCGCCAUUGAGGCGAACAAGAAUGGCACGCACUUCCCUCUGUGGGGAACCUGCCUGGGCUUCGAGGCGCUCUCCCGGCUGGCCAUCGACAAGCUCGUCCUGCGAACGUGCCAGGGCAAAGACCUGGCACUGCCGCUCAACUUCACCCGCGGCUUCCGGAGGAGUCGGAUGUUCAACGAGCUUCCCAGAACUCUGGAGAAGGCGCUGAGGACCGAGCCGAUCACGUACAACUCCCACGGAAAGUGUCUCACACCCGAGAACUUCACCGCCUUCGGAUUGGACAGGUUCUUUCGGCCGAUGUCGACGAACGUGGGCGCGGAUGGCGUGACGUUCAUCUCUAGCAUGGAAGCGCACUCGUACCCUUUCUACGGCGUCCAGUUCCACCCCGAGAAGAACAACUUCGAGUGGACGGACAGGAAAGGUCACUCUCAUUCGCCCCACACCGAGCACGCCGUGAAGGCUUCGCAGUACCUGGGAAACUUCUUCCUGGAGGAAGCACGAAAGAACAACCACAGCUUCGCAUCGGCCGCGGAAGAGCUCGGCGCACUGAUAUACAACUACCCGGCGACCUUCACGCAGAACCAGUCGGUCUUCACUCAGAUGUACAUUUUUUCUUCCUGACCCGGAAACCUAUAAGUCAUCACCCAUAUCUCGACUACCACCAACACCAACAAUAGUUGGCCUGCUUUUCUAGGAAGGGUGGCCUUCAUGCAUAUAAACCAGUUCGGCUAGUUUCGGUAGUGGCAGCAAAGCGUCGCCAUGACACUGGAAGCCAAAAGAAAAAGAAAUCUAGUAACUUUUGCACAUGUGGCUCUAUCCUUUCAACCCACAUAAUAAUAAAGUGAUGUAAUUACGUGUAGAAAUGAAAUGUGUUUUCGGCUAUUUCCUA